AUGGGCAAGAUCACCAAGUUCGGCGACGAGGGCGAGGAGGUUACCAUGAAGGAGACCCCGACUUCUCACCAGCCGGAGGCUCAGGAUGAUGUCUCUAUGGCCGAUGCGGGCGAGGAAGGAGAGGAGGGAGAUGAGGAGUAUGAGGAGGGAGAGGGUACUAAAGUUAGACUUCUUCCUGGCUCUACGCCCACGGCCGCUUCUUUCGAGUUCCUUGAUGAGAACCAUACCCUUGGCAACGCGCUCAGAUACGUCAUCAUGAAGAACCCUGAUGUCGAAUUCUGCGCCUACGCCAUUCCUCAUCCCUCCGAAGCCAAAAUGAACGUCAGAAUCCAGACCUAUGAGGGAACAACUGCUGUCGAGGCACUCCGCAAGGGUCUGCGUGACAUUCAGGAUCUUUGCGACGUCGUAUCGGAUAAGUUCCUUGAGGCGCGCAAGGACUUCACUGAUAAGAAGGCCGCUGCGUCUGCCUAA